CUUAGCUGUAGAAUGAAGAGGCAUCAGCAUUUAUACAGCAUCCGGCCGACUUGCGCUAACAUGCUGGCGCUGUGACAAGGGCUAGCUGGCCUCCCAGCCCUCCUAGCAUUGCUACCGAUGGGCAGGAGUCCCCGGCUCCACCUGCUCGCGUGCGCCAGCUCAGCGGCGGGGUCGGGUGCAGCGGCCACAUCUACAGGGCACAUCGGUGAUGGGGGCUCGCAGACUGGGCGCAUCGGUGAGGGGGGCAGCACGGUGCCGGGCAGUGGCAGCGGCCAUAACAGCCCGCAGUUCGGCACUCUCCUUACACCACCACCGCGGCUGCCAUCGAGCCCCCGGUCACCAGCUCCAUCGGCUCAGGACUCCCGUGCACGAAAGCCCCGGCGGGCCUUGGUAUCCGGGGCAGGAGGGGCUCUGCCAGCACUGGGCGCAGCAGGGCCUUGAUACCGGGCGCAGGAGGGCUUUGGUACCCGGGGCCACUUGCGCGCUGGCCACUGUUGACGCAGGUGGCAGCGAGCUUGCCGCGAAGCCGGAUGGCACUGCCAACAACAAGGGAUAUUAUGAAGAGUAAUGAAUGAAUGGGGGAGGGGCGCUCUGUGUACCCGAGCUCGGCGCUGGAUGGCGAGGGGAGCGGGAUUUGCUAGCACGUUGCAAGCCGGCAAGGCGGCAGUGGAGCUGAAGUCAAAGCGGCAGCUAGUAACUGACUGAGCGAUCAAGAACACAAAGUUCAUGGAAAUGUGCAUGGGCGCUGGAACACGCACUGCUGUCGGCAGUGCAGCCAUGUGUGGACUGGGCAGGGGCGGUGAAAGCAAGGAUCGGCACGGCUGUGAGUCAGUCGGUGCCCGUUUGAAGAGGCAGAAUUGUCUUUACUUAAA